GGCGGGCGUCAUGGCGGGUCGGUGCGUGGGGCUGGCGCGGUGCGCUUUCCCGGCCUUAGCGCGGUCUCUCGGGCAAAAGAACAAACACAAGUCUUCACUCCCAACGUGUGGCCUUUUCUGUAGGCCUGUUCCCCGGUCGCUGUGCACGGCCACCAAACAAAAGAACGACGGCCAGAACUUGGAGGAGGACUCGGGUCCGAAUGAACAGAAAGCAGACCCUCCGUCCCCAGAGAAGGUGCUCUUGGAGGAGAAGGCCAAGCUCGAGGAGCAGCUAAAGGAGACGGUGGAAAAAUACAAGCGCGCUUUGGCAGAUACUCAGAACUUGCGGCAGAGGAGCCAAAAAUUGGUGGAGGAGGCAAAAUUAUAUGGCAUCCAGGGCUUCUGCAAGGACCUGCUGGAGGUGGCAGACAUUCUGGAGAAGGCCACGCAGAGCAUCCCGAAGGAGGAGGUCAGUGAAGACAACCCUCACCUCAAGAGCCUCUACGAGGGCCUGGUCAUGACUGAGCUGCAGAUCCAGAAGGUGUUCACGAAACACGGCUUACUCAAGCUGAACCCUGUUGGGGCCAAGUUCAACCCCUAUGAGCAUGAGGCCUUGUUCCACACGCCGGUGGAGGGCAAGGAGCCGGGCACAGUGGCGCUGGUCAGCAAGGUGGGCUACAAGCUGCACGGGCGCACGCUGCGGCCCGCCCUGGUUGGCGUGGUCAAGGACGCGUAGCUGCCGCUUAAGGUUGUCUGUCACUUGAUGUAACUCUUGAAAGGCUGGCCCGUCUGUCCUCAUCUACAAAUACUUUUGGCCCUUUCCCACACCUUGUUGGGAAGCUUAGGUAACCGGUGGCUAAAGAGAAAACCAAGCCGGCUGCAAAAUUGAGCUGUCAGACAGAUUCCAACUUAGAGGUCUGUCCGCUGACUUUUGGCACACAGCUCCUAGACCCACGUACUUAAAGAGGGCCUGCGGGACACUACGGGGCGGGAGAGUAUCAUGAAUCACGCUGUAUCUGCUCAAACUGAUGUUGUAAAGCUACUUUAAAUGAAUAAAGCAUCUUCGGGAACCCUCAUCUGGCUGCCUGGA